AUGUCGAGCCAACAACAGCUUAGCCACUAUCACAAGACCAGGCGAGAAGUAGUAUGUAUGGACUCUAAGGCAGGAAUAAGCGAUGGUAUGAUGUGGCCGUCAAGUACAUUGCUAGCGAUUGGUAAAUAUUUGCUGCAAGAUGUGUUUACGCCGGCGCGGUCUUCUGUGGAGACGGAUGACUGUAAUGCACAAGUAAUAAGGCUAGAUCCGAAGUUUUUCAAUAUAAAAAUUUGUCGCGAUUGUAUUGUACUGCUGAGUCUGCACUAUGGUCUGAUGCACAAGCCGUGUGGGGCUAAAAAGGUCCAUGGUAGUAGAUAA